GACUGGGCGUCCCUCUUCAACUUCGCCCCUGAACCUUUUGUUGGUCGUGGUGAUGUUUGCUCGCUGUGCUCCGGGAAAGAAGAAGAAGUGACCAUGCCUGUGGAGAGUCGACCUGUCCGGGACGCGUUCUUACAUGUCCGCCUCCUCCAGCAGUAUCUGGUUCUCCUGAAGAAAUACCCCAUCCUCACCAAGUCUGUGACCAGUGGCAUCCUCUCAGCUUUAGGAAAUCUCCUGUCUCAGAUUUUGGAGGCAAGAAAGAAGUUGAAGCAUGGAGGCCCGCUCGGUGAGAUUGACACAGCUGGAGCUGCACGCUAUGCCAUCUAUGGGUUGAUUAUUACAGGACCCUUGAGCCAUUACUUCUACCAGCUGAUGGAGCUGUGGAUGCCCACCACCGACCCAUACUGUAUAGUCAAACGGCUGCUAGUGGAUCGCCUUAUAUUCGCCCCCGGCUUCCUCCUCAUUUUCUACUUUGUUAUGAACAUCCUUGAGGCUAAAGGAUUGAAUGAAUUUGAAAAGAAGAUGCAGGGAAGUUACUGGACGGCUCUGAAGAUGAACUGGAAAGUGUGGACUCCCUUUCAGUUCAUCAAUAUCAACUUUGUGCCUGUUCAGUUCAGAGUGCUGUUUGCCAACUUCAUCGCCUUAUUUUGGUACGCCUACCUCGCAUCGGUGAGGAAAUGAUGCUUCUGAAGAUUACACCACCGGAAAACAGAGCAGAAGGAAAUGGCCUCUUCUCAGAGACUCUGUGGCUUUCAAAGAACUAAAACAAUUUAACCAGGCUGCUUAAUAUAUGACUGUAAACCUGAUCCUAAUUUGGAUUAUAAUUUUCACAUACUGAAGAUCUUCUGAGGAACUCCUAACAAACCUGUAAGAUGAUGCAUUUAAUCUAUUACAGGCUUCUGUGAUAUUUCGGAAACAUGACUUUCUGUUAAAACAGAGAAAAACUAAAUGUUGUUUAUAAUUAAUUUAUUAUUUUACAGAGGACCCUAUCUUGUCAAAUGUUAUAGUGUCUAUAAUUGUAUGAUCAGAUAGGUUGUUCGAUCAUGAGUUUUAAAUAUAAAAUAUGAAAUAUGAAAUUUUGCCUUUCUUGUUGUGAUCUGUGCAAGAAAGGUUCAGGGAAUAUCAGAGAGAUGUCAGUUCCUAUGCCGGACUUAAUUUCACUCUCUACAGUGCCCAGUUAAUGGAGUUGUACUAUGUUGUAUUAGUCUCAAAUUGUAACAACCGCUUUGUAUAAUCAGAAUACAAUAUCAUACUAAAGCAAUCUGUUUUAACCACAAUGCUGAUAUUGAUUCCUUGAAUAAAACACUGUGUUUUUGAAGUAACAAUAAAAAUUGAAUAAAAGAAUGUGUAAUAACUUCA